UCUUGUUGUAAAUUUUCUUGUUUACGUGUGAUAUAUCGGAUAGCAAUUGAGCUUGGUAUAAACGCAACUUUAAAACACUCUUUACUUGUUCUUUCAUUGACACCAUGGGCUUUGGCGACCGCGGCGGCCGUGGUGGUGGUUUCGGCCGUGGAGGUGGCCGCGGCGGUGGCCGCGGUGGAGGUCGCGGCGGCGCCCCUGGCGGCGGCCGUGGUGGCCGAGGUGGUGGUCGCGGUGGUGGCUUUGGGGCGCGCGGUGGCGUUGCGAAGCGAGGUGGUCGUGGUGGAGGUCGUGGAGGUGGCCGCGGUGGCAUGAAGGGCGGCUCGAAGGCUGUCAUCGAGGCUCACCGACACGAUGGCGUCUUCAUUGCUCGCGGCAAGGAGGAUGCCCUUGUAACCAAAAACCUUGUCCCUGGUGUUAGUGUUUAUGGCGAGAAGCGGAUUGCAGUUGAGGACGAGGGCGACAAGAUUGAGUAUCGCGUUUGGAACCCGUUCCGCUCAAAGCUGGCUGCAUCCAUCCUUGCCGGCGUUGACAACAUUUAUGUCAAGCCUGGCAGCAAGCUUCUAUAUUUGGGUGCGGCUUCCGGCACUAGCGUCUCGCAUUGCUCGGACCUUGUCGGCCCUGAAGGCGCGGUUUACGCAGUCGAGUUUUCGCACCGCAGCGGCCGAGACUUGGUCAAUAUGGCAAAGCAACGUCCCAACGUUAUCCCGAUCAUCGAGGAUGCACGCCACCCGCAAAAGUACCGGAUGCUCGUGCCGAUGGUCGAUGUGAUUUUCGCGGACGUUGCCCAGCCAGACCAGGCACGCAUUGUGGGCCACAACGCUCAGUACUUUCUGAAAAACGGUGGCAACUUCGUCAUCUCCAUCAAAGCGAGCUGCAUCGACUCGACGGCGCCGCCGGAGGCCGUCUUCGCGCGCGAGGUCAAGAAGCUUCAAGAAAUGCAGCUCAAACCAAAGGAGCAAGUCACCCUCGAGCCCUACGAGCGCGACCACGCGAUGGUCGUCGGCGUCUAUCGCCCACCGGCCAAGAAGAAGGAGUAAAAUAGGCGGCAUAUCGCCGCCUGCACUUUCGGCGAUAUUCGAACCGAGUUGCGCUGGCCUAGUGCGUACCGGGUACGACCAUCGCAGCUUCGUUGCGCUUGUGCGUUGUACAAUCUUGCGGUGGUGGUGGCGGUGGUGGGAAGGAACUGGAUGUGUCCUACUGGCUGGCAUGCGAGCAGGAUGCUGAUUGCCUUCGGCCGGGUAAAGGGGGGUAUGUGUUAGCCCUAGCUGAGUUUGUGCGAGGGGCGUUGGGGUGUUGGCGUCAGGGGUGGGACUGAUGGCACUCUGUCUGGGAAUGCAGGGUUGUGUACGUAAGGGCACUGUGUUAAUGGGGGAGGGGAAUAUCCAACGAAUGAUGCAAAUCCUUGCAGACCUGUGCAUGUUUACUUUGACCGGGUUUUGUGCCUCGCGGGUUUUGUGCGACCUGUGUUACGGAGGAGGAAUGGAAAUGCGCGACUGUUGAAUUGCCGCCACGGGGUUGCCAUCAUUACAGCCACGACUGUUGCUGCUGCAUCGCGAGGGUGCUGGCGCGCGUUCUCUGUCCGUUUGCCUCCGCGAGCGCUGUUAUUCGCGUGAACCGUUUGACGCGCAUGCAGCUCUGUGGAGAUCCUCAGAUUCCAGCAACCGGGUAGCGGAUUGCGGGUAAAGUGUCGCACAUUACAUAUUAUUGACACAGAAACACUCACACACACACACUCUGGUCUUUUCGCUUCACAUGUCAAACUGUGGCAACCCCAAAAUAAUCUUGACCUCUUCGUUCUUAGGGUAUGACCCAGAUGGCUAGACCCAGAUUACAAGACAAUACAACCGUACGAGUGAGGAAUUGGACCCCUGUAUGUAUGUGCAUAUGAGGCAGGCGACCUAGCCCACACCCCUGUCGUGACGGCAGAGCCGCGGGGCGAGCUGGGCGUUAAGGAGUGUACGCACGGAGACGUGGGGGGAAGUGGUGGUAAUGACAAACCCUAAUCUAUCUGUUAGGAGGGUGUGCGAGCAGGAAGGAAGGAAGAAGGGGAGGAAGAACUGCACCACACGACAGCAAAACCUCCCCUUCCGGAGCUCCCUUCAGUAAUUGUGUGGGGUGGGGGUUCAGUGUUGCAGGAGCCCGCCUGGCUUGUUACUUCGUUUGUGGUGGUGGAUAGUUUGCCUCGACACACCACCGCAUCUUGUUGGACCUUGCGUUGUGCCUCCGACGUGAAAGCGGAGAAGAGAGACGCUGUCAGGCAUCGUCGGGACCCGUUUUUGCCUGUUCGGCAGCUGGACGCGCAAACGUUUCAGACUUUCAAAGUUCUUUUAACACGCGAUGUCAUGAUAUUGUUCCAUGCCUGAGAGGCCUCUCAUGAGGCUCUCAAGUACACACAGCGGAUUACAUGACGUGGCGCUUAGCAAGAUGGCGAUGGCGUAAUCUACACAGGGGAUUGGUCAUGGCACAUGGGUGGGCAGUGGAUUAGUGCUUCCAGCGCGAGAAUAUCGACGCCAUUAUCGACACAAAGCCGUCGGCUCCUAGCUGCAACAAACAAUUAUUACAUCAUGCAUUCUUGGUUUGGUGAUUAUGUUGGUCGGGUUUAUGAGGUGGUUAGCAGAGCAAAACGCCAAUGUGCACCUUAUACCUGCUUCAACGGUACAAUAAGAAACGGGAUAACGGGAUUGGACACGUCAUGUCAUCGUAUCCUCCAUCCAAAUUAUUGCGGGUAGUCCUCGACACGUCGCGCGUCACCGGCUAGAGUAUAAAUGCUCACAGGUCGUGCAUGUACAAGGGUGGCCUUG